GGGGAAUGUUGGGUUGUCCACUGGUGAAGGAUAACAUGGGACGAUCAGGAGGCAGGAGUCCAAUGCACAACACGCAACUGCAGAUUGCUGCCGUGCCCCAAGCGACGAGCAGGAGCUUGGUGCCGCGGUCACUCCAUUGCACCAGAUAUGCUCUGGAGUAUUACUGAACACCACAGAGCUCGCGGAGUUUUUGAACUCUGGAAGUCCCUCCCAGAAACAGCUCGCAGGGCAUUUGCAGCAGAAUUUUCGAGCGGGGGGGCUUCGAAUGCGGAGCCGUGUGGUCCGAGUGAUUAUUCUCGUCAGUGUGAGCUAAGAUCCGGCCAUUUGGAGGCGGUGGGUGUGCGUAGCGAGGCUGUUGCUCCUACACUUUGCAAGUCUCGAGGAGGAAGCCUGGAAGUUCGAUACGAAGUUAACUGUUGGGUCUUAAGCCACAAGGGGAGAUUCCCAGCAUACGCAUUUUGCGAGAAGCGAGGCGGAGGGAUCUCGAUGUACGACUCCCUCAACGGUUCCCUCCAAAAUCCACUUCUCAUGAGAAUGCCUCCGUCUGUGCUUGAUGAGUUCCCCUCCACCCCCGGAAAGGUGAAGAUGGAGAGGAGCAACUACUUCGGGCGAGUGGGAUCGAGAUGGCAUUCAAGCGUGUCAGCGAAACUUCUGUGCCUCACUUCUAUCCUGCUCCUCUUGACGAUUUCUGCAUUCUUCUGGGUGAGCUCCGCUGGAAUAGACAGCCAAAGGCCGCCAACGUUCCAGCGCAGCCAUGAGUGGGAGAAGCGGGUCCGACAGUCAUGCCUACCUCGACGAGAGGACAAUCCUCUCGUUGUGUUGGUCACCGGCGCCGCAGGUUUCGUCGGCUCCCAUGUAUCACUUGCCUUGAGAAAACGUGGUGAUGGAGUUGUUGGGCUCGACAACUUCAACAGUUACUACGAGGUUUCAUUGAAACGGGCUCGCCAAGAGCUACUUGCGAAGCACAGCGUGUUCGUCAUCGACGGCGACAUCAACGACAAAUUCAUCAUAGAGAGCAUCCUCGAGGCGGUUCCGAUCACGCACGUCAUGCAUUUGGCCGCCCAGGCUGGUGUGCGCUACGCUAUGCAAAACCCACAAUCUUACAUUCACAGCAACAUCGCAGGAUUGGUAAACAUCUUCGAAGUUUGCAAAGCAGCUAACCCCCAGCCGGCUAUCGUUUGGGCGUCAUCCAGUUCUGUAUAUGGACUGAACACUAAGGUGCCGUUCUCUGAGGCCGACAGGACAGACCAGCCAGCGAGUUUGUACGCAGCAACAAAGAAGGCCGGAGAGGGGAUCGCUCACACUUACAACCACAUUUACGGUCUCUCCAUCACAGGACUAAGAUUUUUCACAGUCUAUGGUCCGUGGGGGAGACCAGACAUGGCUUACUUUUCCUUCACACGCGACAUUCUCAAGGGCAACCCAAUUAGCGUCUACUCCGGUGCAGGCGGAAAAGACCUAGCUCGCGACUUCACCUUCAUCGACGACAUCGUGAAAGGAUGCGUCGCCUCACUCGACACGGCGGAGAAGAGCACCGGCAGCGGGGGCAAAAAGACAGGCCCCGCAAUGCUGCGCGUCUUCAACCUCGGCAACACUUCCCCCGUGACAGUACCGACUCUAGUGGACAUCCUCGAAAAGCACCUGAACACGAAAGCGAAACGGCAAAUCAUCAAAAUGCCGCGCAACGGCGACGUCCCAUUCACGCAUGCGAACAUAUCCUCCGCGCAGGCUCAGCUCGGCUACAGACCCACAACCAACCUCGACACGGGGCUCAAGAAAUUUGUGAAAUGGUAUCUCAGCUAUUACGGCGACAACACGAAUCGAAGGUUAUGGGUGGGAAACCAUGAGAAAAUUAUCUAGUCUCUAAGCAAAACCCAGAGCUCGUUACACACAACGCCAUGUCCAAAUUCUUUGGGGUACAAAUUCAGUGAACAUCCAGCGCAACCAGCAAUGAAUUCGACAAUUCGCACAUAAAAUCCAGUCAAUCCAGGUCGGAACGCGACGGAUGCCAUGCAUUUGUUAACACCAGCAAUGCCUCGCGUAGGGGACACCAUCGUAGGUGCUGGGAUUGUGGCAAGUUGGGGCUUCAAGGGGCGAUGCGCGGAGACCCAUGCCCGGUGUGGCAGUGUCCGUGCCUUCGAGGAGGCCCUGUGGCUGUGUGCCCUGUCACCCUUUCCCGCACCCAACUGCUCGAAUUCUAUUCUUUUAUCAUUCUUUCCUAUCCUUUGUAAACCCUAAAUCCUAAACCCUAAGCCCUAUUCCCCUUCUCCUGGUCUAUUACUGCCUCUCCCCUCCCCCCCCUCGCCACCUUCAGUAGCUCGGGGUUCAGCCACCAUUGCUUGCUAGCCCCUUAUGAGGUUUACACCCUUUGAAAAGACUUCUUUCUGGGUGAUUUUGUUCCUAUAUAGCUAAAAAUGAUCCAUAAAUAUAUUGAAUGCUUAUUGAGCAUGAGUUUGUUUGCUUA